UCCCUGGGCCUGUCGGGCUUCUCUGCCCCCGCAGCGGUCGUGUGCCGAAAGCUGUAUCGUUUUAGCUGUUUUAGUUCAGGUUUUCUGGAAAACGGCGGUGUCAGAAAGCACUCGUCCGGUUUCAGUUGCUUCCUACCCCCAUAACAUCCGAAAAUACAAACUAUUACUCUGCUAUUAUUAUGUGUAUUUAUGUGUGCUUAGUAGAUGGUGAUUCUUGAAAACUCUUCCUUGAGAAAGAUUUUUCAGGGAGCAACUGGUCAUGGUGGAACUAUCAGGAAUUAUUGAUUCAGACUUCUUAGAAAAAUGUGAAAACAAAUGCAAGAUUUUGGGAAUAGAGUCAGAGAGGCCCAUUUUACAAGUGGACAGAUACGUAUUUGCAGGAGAAUAUGAAGAUACCUUGGGAACCUGUGUGGUUUUUGAAGAAAACACAGAGCAUGUAGAUGCAGAAGGCAACCAAAAGGUACAGCUGAAAUACAAGUGCCACACAAUGAAGAAGCUGAACAUGACACGGACACUUUUGACAGAAAAGAAGGAAGGAGAAGAGAAUGUUGGUGGCGUGGAGUGGUUACAGAUCAAGGACAGAGAUUUUUCCUACAGCAGGCCUAAUACAAUUUGCAGCUUUCUGCGUGAAAAAGAAGAUUCUGAGGAGUCAGCUCAGGCCCAAGACAAAUUGACUGAAGAGUCAGAGGGAGAGGUGGGUGGUGGAGGAAAUUCUGGCAUGAGUUGUGAUCUGGAGAAGCAGCACAGCUUGGAGGUAGAUGCCCCUCUUCCUCUGCCUGACAGCCCUGCUUCUAGGGCAGAGGAUUCUCCUUCUGGAAGCGUUGCCUUAGACAAUGCCGCUCCAUGAUACCAGCUCUGAUCUUUUCAGGGUUUCUUCACGGAAUUAACAGGCCAGCUUUUAAAUGCCAACUGUUACAGGCUGUGACAUGAUUUCCAACUUAUCUGAGCAAUUAAUAGUGGGAAAACGGACAUUGUGUUCUUGUGCAUUGCUUUUAUGUUUGGAUUAUAGUGGGGAGGGCUUAAGUGUUUUUUAAAAACGCUGAUUGGAAAUGUGCGUAUCCCUACCUCAAAACUGAAGAAGAGGAAAUGGUUACAUAAUUAAAGAAACCCUACCUUAGAAAAAUGUUGAUGUAUUGCACAGUCUGGAACACUUUGUAAAAAGAAAAUCGUUUAAAAUAAAUUUCAAGUGUUUUUCAAGUAUA